CGCUCCCCGUCGCCGGAGCCCAUCUACAACGAGUUUGGCAUCCGCCUCAACACCCGGGAACAGCGCACGCGGGAGAAGCUCCAGGAGAGGCGAACGGAGCUUAUCAUGGAGCUCAUCAAGAAGAACCCGAACUACAAGCCCCCUGCUGACUUUCGA